CAUGAAUACACGCAUCCAUGGUUAUACUAAAGAAAUACCGAUAGAAUCGCGAGUCGUUCAGCUAAUGUCCACGAACUAUGAUAUCACACCCCAAACUUGCGGUCGCGUAUGAAAAUUCUAGUCCCGAGCGUGGGGUCAACUUCUCCAGUGGGUUCGUUAAGAUCAUCACCGAAACCGGUCUACUACUCACCCUGCUCUUGGCGUUUCGUGUGACCUCUGCUUUUACUCUAUGGGACACUGGAGUGCGGUCAUGUGGUGCCCUGUCUGAUGGUGCUAGAUGUAUCACGGGGCAAUUAUUAUCCUACACAACCAUCGAGAACCCCGCGGAUAUGAAGGCCACGAUGGAUCGUACCCAUCAGUAUCUGGUUUUAUUUCUGUCGCUGAUCUACAAGCAUGUGCAAGGAGAUGAUUGUCAUUUUGACCUGGCCGAGUUGGAGCUUAUUACCGAACGCUCUGGUGACUUAGAUGUUCGCUUUGCACAAGACAUUGAUUAUCAAGUAAAUCGUCUCAGCGAAAAUCUACAAACCAUAUUGAAGGUGGCGUUCACGCCGAUACCUUUUUCGUACGCCCAACUGCUGAAGCACAUGAUCUUUCUCUACACUUCCAUCGCACCCUGGUCGUAUGCGGAUGAUCUGCGGUGGGUGGCACCAUUCGUGGCUUUCUUAGUAGCCAUGAUAUUCUACGGAUGUGAGGAGAUCGCAAUAGAAGUGGAGGGCCCGUUUGGACUAGACGAGAAUGAUAUCGAUUUGCUAAGCAGGUCCAGGCAAUUGGAUGCUGCACUAAGUGAGUAUAUCAUGUUAAACAUGAAGGAUGUACUCAAUAGUUGCACUGUGGAUCAUCUGUCGAAUGCAUUGGAUUUCCACUGCAAUGAGCUCAUCAGCUUGGAACGAAGAAUAUCCAGCUCCUCGCUGUGUGCAACAUCUAAGUCUGUUCUUAUUCGUGAACACUUCGCAGUUGGUCGUUUCUACAGGGAUUAA